CUUGAUUUGUGAUAGUUCUUCUUUAUUAUAGGCAGCAGGAAAUCAGAUACGUGGAAACAUGUCUGGGAAGCCAGUUCUGCACUAUGCUAACGCACGAGGCCGAAUGGAACCAAUAAGGUGGCUGCUAGCGGCUGCUGGAGUUGAGUUUGAAGAAAAAUUUCUGGAAAAAAAGGAAGAUCUCCAAAAGUUAAGGACAGAUGGAUCCCUGCUGUUCCAGCAAGUGCCCAUGGUGGAGAUUGAUGGGAUGAAGUUGGUGCAGACCAGAGCCAUCCUCAACUACAUAGCAGGGAAAUACAAUCUCUAUGGGAAGGACCUGAAGGAGAGAGCCCUAAUUGACAUGUAUGCGGAAGGAUUGGCAGAUCUGUAUGAGUUAAUCAUGAUGAACGUUGUCCAACCAGCAGAUAAAAAGGGGGAACAUCUUGCUAAUGCUUUGGACAAGGCUGCAAACAGAUAUUUACCAGUCUUCGAGAAGGUGCGUGGCAAAAAUUUAGUAGCUUAAUUAAUAUUGUUUUCC